AUGGAUGUCAAACGCGAGAGCAAAGUGUCAAUAUGGCUCUAUCGGGGAUCGCUGAUGGUGCUGGUUUUAUUGUUCGUCGGAUUUUCUGUGGUGAUGCCUAUUGACGCAAUGGCACAGGCUUCUCGCUCUAAUAAUGACGCCCUCAAUACCUUUAUUGUCGUAGGUGCGUUUGUGGCUUUUGGUGUUCUGAGUAUCAUCAUAGCUGCUGGUAGGGUUUUUGUCCAGCGCAGUUGUCUGCAGGAAAUUCCCAAGAGGUACCUACCUUUCACUCCGGAGGAUUUGCCUCAUCGUGGUAGCAGAGAGUUCAUAUUACGCCAAAUGGACCGGUCUCAUGAAUUGGCACAAGUUUUCAAAAAACCAAUCGAAACGGUUGUGCAUGCAGGUUUAUCGAGACCCACUAAUGAAAACGAGGAAGAUGGACUCAUAAAUUUACCUCCUCUGCUCAAUUACGAAAACAGUAUCAAGAUUAUCACCAGUCGUUUGAAAUAUCAAGGAGCCUUUUUUGGGCUCACGGAGCUAAAUCCUCCCACUGGUUACACGUUCGCCGACGUCAUUCAUAGCCUGUUCACGCACACUGGACAGCGUCCUCUUGAGGCCACGGAGUACGUCGAACUCUACGAGCAGAUCCGUUUUUCUGGUCAGGAAAUCACCUCCGAGCAAUUUUUGCGUUUCAUGGACCUUUCUCUUUUCUUUGUCGAUGUACUGUUGCGCAUGCAUCAAGACUCCGCACCUCGGACGCCGCAGCCAGACGACUCGGAUAGCUACAACGAGGUAGACUAUCUGAAUGUCGGUGAUCACGGCUCUGAGGUACACUAUUUGACAACAACAAACACCAACAGUACGGUGGCCCGAAGAGUGACAGCAGAACACCUCGAUCCAAAUUCGCCUCGAGGUCAAGGGACAUCUACCUCUGACACGGAAAGUUACGAAUCAGUUCUGCGUGGGUGCGAUAUUGCCACUUAG